UACAACUUUAACGAUGUCAACCGCCAUUAAAAAACAAGAGAAGAAGAACAAGAUCGACGUCGCUCAUCCAGAAUGCGCAUGCGUAACUUGAUCCGCACGUGAAGAAGUCAGCAUGGCUGGUAAAACAGAAGUUGUGAUAGAUAAGGAACAGGUGAAAAAGGCAGUUAAAGCGCUGCAGGCUUUUAUUAAAAGCAAGUCCAGCGGAGAAGCCUUGUUCUUGGACGAGCCUCAACCGGUCAGCCUACUCUUCACGCUCUGGAAGAUCCCCAAGCAAUCACAGACAAUUCGCAUUCCUUUACCACAUGGGCAUCGGUCUGACACGGAUGAAGUCUGCCUCUUCACAAAAGAUGAGCCCAACAUGACCCCAGAGCAGACCCAGAGGUUCUACAAAAGACUGUUGCAGGAAAAGGGCGUCAAAAACAUAUCGGAGGUCAUCCCCUUCACCACCCUUAAAAAGGAGUAUAAACCAUAUGAAGCCAAGCGCCGCUUAUUGGGGAACUUUGACAUGUUUCUUUCUGAUGACCGCAUUCGGCGCUUGUUGCCUUCCCAUCUCGGAAAACAUUUCUAUGAGAGGAAAAAAGAGCCGCUAACUGUGAGUCUGAAGAGUAACCAUCUGGCCAGAGACAUCCAGAGGGUCAUCCAGGGCACGAGCAUAAAUGUUUCUAACAGGGGCUGCUGCUGCAUGACCCGUGUUGGAAACUCUGACAUGACUCCAGAUGAGCUGACAGAAAAUAUUGAGGCUACUGUCCAAACAAUGUUGGCUAAAUUACGUGUGAAGGGACAAGUGAUAAAGCUCAUCCAUAUAAAAACUGACACAUCAGUGGCUCUGCCUAUUUACACAUCAGACCUGAGCCAGCUCAGUCCAGAGCCAGCUCAGACCCCCAAGAAAAAGAAAGCUGCAGCCAAAAAGCAGAAUAAGAAGAACAGUCCGACGGAUAAUGCUGCAGCUGGAAAGGUGGUGAAGGAGAACAAACAGGAAGAUGAAGAGGAAGAAAUCCCAGAGCUGGUUCCCAUAGAAACACCAAGAAAAAAGGCUAAACUGCAGAGGCCAAUAAAAAAGCAGCUGCAGAAGACACCUACAGCUGCUGCAGUGAAGAAAGGAGCAAAACCUCAGCGCAAACUGGCACAAAGGAUGGACUCCAAAGUCAAAAGAAAAGUGCCUAAAGUGAAAUGAGCCUCGAGGGUCUUUGCAAAUUCCUCUCAUGGACAUUUGACACAUGACCAGAUUAUUGGUCAAUACAUAAUUACAGUUAUAUUUUUUCUUGUAUGGAUCUGAUUAUAAACUGAGCUGAAAGACUG